AUGUCUACAUUACGCUCCUUUCGUGAUGACUAUAUGUCCUCCAAUAAAGCGCAAUCUGCUGCCCAAGCGUCUCAAUUUAAAGAAUUGAAAAACGACCUUAAACAGCUUUCAUGUCUAGUUGCGGAUCUAAAAGCUGAAAAUUCAGCGCUGCGUAUUGAAGUUUAUUUACUUAAGAACAAGGUAGAGUCCCUUGAGUCAGGUUCCACCUCUGUUACUGCGGAAACUACUGUUACUCAAGUUUUGCAAGAGACUUUUGAGCUUGAGCUUUGUUCUUUCAACAUUAUUGCCUAUGGUGUCCCUGAGUAUAAGUCCUCUUCUGGUUCCCAGAGGGCUGAAGAAGAUAAAGUCUCCCUGCAGGAACUACUCGGUGCUAAUACCAAUGUGCCGUUAAGUGGUUGUAAAUAUGUACGGCUUGGUAAAGCCAACUCUGAUAACAUACGCCCUCUUAAAGUUAUUUUUGGAUCUAAAGUUGAUGCUGCAAACAUUGAAACCACCUUUAAUGAGGCUAAGCGACAAGGAGUGUCAUUUCCUCAAGGUUUUCGAAUUAUCAAAGAUAAGACCCUGCUUCAACGGAGGCAGCUAAGAUCCUGCCACAUGGAACUUGAUCAUCGGACUUCUAAUGGUGAAUCUGGGCUUUCGGUCAAGUAUGUGAAUGGUGUUCCGAAAGUGAUCUCGGGGUCAAAAAACGGGGAACCUCCUCAACGCCAACCAGGUUCAAAGUCCAGCAAUCAAAGCACCUCCUAA